AUGAGGUCAGAGAGCAACAAGAGUGUAGAAAAUCUAGCUUCUGAGAUGCGUUCCCCAGAAAACGGCUUCAAAACCAUGCACAUUGUCAAUACUGAUGUUUCCGGCGAUUUGUACUGCGAAAAAUGCGAUCAAAUCACACCUGAGAGGGGCUGCAAUGACACGGAGAUGUUCAUCGAUUCGUUCUACGACAAAAGUGUGAAUCCGAUGUACAGUUUCGAAUCGCCAUACAUGAUGCGAAAUUAUUCAGAGCAUUCCGCUCAUGACAAUUCAAAUUCCCUGGAUAAUGAUGCCACAAAGUACAGUGAGGACGUAAGACCAUGCCUGUCUAACGACCAUGAACAUCGUAUCGAUACCUACGGCCAUAAGGUAAUGAGAUAUGACCCUUCAUAUGGUUACGAUGCUUAUCCGAUUUCGACUGCAUAUGGUACACAGGAAUUAAACCGAACUUACCAUGUACCUAAAAUUUCAGUGUACCCGCCAGAUGGCGAUCUGAAUAAAACUAGGGUCCCUGAUAACUUUGAAAAUCACGAAACAACCCCCCAGUCUGAGCAAAAGGAGCAGAAAUCGGAUCGUACUCAUUCUACGGCGACGUCAGUUGUCGGUGAGACUUCCCCGAUGCUCCAGCCGGAACCUUCUCUGGUUGGUUCGGACCCUAGACUCAAUUAUUGUGGAAAUACAAUGUAUUUGCCUAAUAGCGGUUCACUUCCUCCUGUUCCUUUGAGCUUCAGGGGUGUAUAUGAUGCAGAAUACUUCCACUAUGCCGCUCCACCGGAUACUGAGGAUGACGCCUACAAUCAGACCUAUAUGGAGAAUGGUAGAGAGGGUUUGGGAAAGCCCGUAGUACGCUGCUAUAACACAACCAAUACGCAGUUCUAUUCAUCCCAGGCUCGUCCUACAGGAAACAAUGUCACAAAUGGACAGAUUCCUCCUCGCCCUUUAAUGGUGCCCAGGCCAUAUAAUGCCCCACAACACCACUUCCUUGGAAAUGUUAUGUACUGCACCAACGGUUGGCUGCCAAAAAGUUAUUCUUACGAUUCCUCAACUCGGAGCAACUAUUGUCCCAUUCCGGAAUCCACAGGAUACUACGAUUCUGGUGCGGAAUUUGUACCCGUGAAAACUUCAACGGAAAAGGAGAUAGGAACACCUGUGAGUGAAAAUCAAGUCGAUCCGUCUAACAAACAUCAAAACGGCAAUCCUGUUACUGGCUCAUAUGAUGCUGCCUAUGAACAGGCACCCUUAUCGGAUUAUUUCUACAACCAUCAGAAUGGUAUAAAUUCUAUGCCUACCCAAGGAGCGGCACCCGAGAAUUACGUGGACGAACGCAUCAAGGGUUGCGCAGGUCAUAGCGAUGCAAUGAAAACGGAGCUGUGCAUGGAAAGUCUAAAGAAUCUCAAUCGGAACAACAUAGACUUUUUGCGCAUGAGUGAAUCUGUAUGGCAAGCAUUGCGAACUACUGGGAUGUUCAAGCUGGGUAACAAAGGAAGGGCAGUGCUGAAGUCUAAGAUAUCUAAACAGUUGAAACUGAACCCUCAUUUGCGUAUGAGGGCACUUUGCAUAUCAGGUGUUCGACGGGCGACGACUAGGCAACUCUUCCAGCUGGCGCAAAUUUGCGGUAUAAAGUCUCAUCUGAAGUGA